AUGGGCUACCACGAGAAAGCUGGCAACCGCGGCUGGGGCGAGACUCUGCCAGUGAAGGUGCAUCAUGACGUGUAUCCUUGCAUCAGCCCCACGCCUGCAUGGGAGGCGCAAUCUUUCAAGGGUAAAGCCAUCUUUAUCACAGGCGCCAGUCGUGGGAUAGGUCGUUCAACGGCCAUCACAUUCGCGAAGGCGGGCGCAGCGGUGGCCAUUGCAGCGCGCUCAAGUGCGGCUCUGGACGAAACCCUGUCACUCAUGCUGAAAGAGGCACCCGAGGCCAAAGUGAAGAAGUAUGCUGUGGAUGUAACAAACAGCGCCGAGAUGGAGAUGGCGGUAGAUCACGCGGCGGCUACGUUUGGCGGGUUGGACGUGGUCAUCGCGAAUGCUGGAUACACGAAUGCCUUUGACAACACGCUGAUGGAUCAGCGUGCGACGCCCGAGUGGUGGCGUACGUUCGAGAUCAACGUACUCGGCGUAUAUAACACCAUCAAGCCGGCGUUGAAGUUCCUGCGCAAGGUUGAAGGCUACUUCAUCGCGGUAACCUCCACCGGAGCUCAACUCCGCACACCGGGAGCUAGUGACUACGAUACAUCAAAGCACGCAGUCAACAGGCUGGUAGAGUUCAUUGCGGCCGAGAAUCCGAGUAUCAAAGCCUUUCCUGUGCACCCAGGCGCUGUUGCCACAGAGCUUGCAAAGGCGACAAAACUGGAGGAGAAAGGUAUCGAGUUCAACGACCCGCCUGAACUAGCCGCUUCCACCAUGCUGUACCUGUGUUCAGGAAAUCUCGACUGGAUGAAUGGGCGAUACGUCGACGUGAACUGGGACUGGGGUCAAGUCGAGAGGGUGUGGAAAGAUAAGAUCUUGGAGAAUGAUCUCCUCAUCAACAAGUUGGAUGUUCGUGUAUAG